AUGUUGCCAUAUAGGGGCUUCAAGCACGUUCGAUGGCUGAAAAUGCCUUUGACAAAUCUGGGCAAAGGAAACGGCUUCACGAAGAUACCCACUGACGACAAAACAGGCCAAGCAAUGUCAUAUGAAGACAUCGACUCUGAAGAUGGCUUGUUGUCCAAGCACCAGACCCAACCUCAGCUUGAUAGAAGGACGACGAGCACAUCACGAAUUCAUUCAUAUUCUUUCCUUGGUCAUUUCGUCCUGGUGUGUACAUACACAGUCGUUUUCUUCGUCCUUGCUAGCCGAGGCCGUUGGUUCCAUGACCUUCGCAAGGACAUUGUGCACUCUCCUGCAAACUCGAUCGUGGAGUACGAGUCCAAGGUCUUCAAUCCAGGUCUUUGUCUUCGCGGCCCCUUCUCCGCAGAGCCCUCUGAAGAGUCUGACAGAGCAUGGUCUGAGCUGGUUGAAAACGCCCACGUGAGAAUUUCAGGCGAGGACCUGAGGCGCAUCAAUAAGACUUCCAUUCCCCUACCAGACGAGGAAGAUACCUACUGGGGCACCUUGGGGGUCAUUCACGAGUUGCAUUGCCUCAAACGAAUCCGUCAGUACGUUUACAAGGACCACUACUUCCCCGACCUGAACCCACAUCAGGAGAUGUUAAAUCACUGGCAUACUCGACACUGUAUCGAAAUCCUUCGCCAAGCAGCCAUGUGUAGGGGCGAUGUGUCCUUGAUCACGAUGUUUUGGAGUGAUGACACUGCUUCUCCGGUGGCCGAUUUUAAUGUACCGCACUCUUGUGUCAAUUUCGACGCCAUUCAGGAUUGGGCCAAAGAACGAUCAUUCAACCCUAUGAAGCCAGGCUAUCUCCGUCAUCCAACCCUCGGUGUGUAUCUGUUGAGCCGUUUUUCCUUCUAG